AUGGUUUUCAUAGUUGCGUUUAUCCUAUUUGUCUAUGGCGCUUAUCGAUUGUAUCAACACGUCUUCCCUGCACCAAAUAUUGAUCCUCAAGGCAAAUAUGUUCUCAUCAGUGGAUGUGAUAGUGGCUUUGGCAACGCACUAGCCAUCGAGCUCGACAAAGAGGGUUUCAAUGUCUUUGCUGGUAUUUACAGUGCCGAUAGUAAAUCUGCACUGACUGAUCAACUUUCAUCACGAGCAACCAUCUUCUUACUUGAUAUUACUCGACAGCAAGACAUCGACUCGGCCUACGAGAUGGUCAAAGGAAAAACAAAUACUCUUCAUGCAUUGGUCAAUAAUGCAGGUAUUAUGACUGGUGGGCAUAUUGACUGGAUCACCACGGAGUCGAUGCGUCAAGUGAUGGAUAUCAACUUUUUCGGACACGUAGCUAUGACCAAAACAUUUUUACCAUUGCUGAUUGCCAAGCGAGAUGCGCGUGUAGUGAAUAUUUGUUCAGUAGCCGGCUUCUUAGCUCCACCAUCUACUUCAGCUUAUUGUGCAUCCAAGUAUGCACUAGAAUCAUUUUCCGAUUGUCUUCGUCGCGAAAUGCAUGCUUGGGAGUUGCGUGUGAGCAUCAUUGAGCCAGGCAUCAUGCGAACGCCUAUGAUCCAAAAGCAUGGUGUGGCUACACAUGAGGUAAGAAUGCAAAUGCCGAUUAGCGUUCAAGAACGAUGGGGCGAGGACUUUUUAAGAUGUCAUUUUGAAAAAAUAAGAAAUAAUAUUUUUAUUAAAUUGGCCGAAGAUCCGAUGAAAGUGGUGCGAGCACUGCAACAUGCAGUAACAAGCACGGCUCCACGUAUUCGCUAUCGACCUGGCUGGCAAUCAAAGUUCCUCUACUUUCCUUUGUCGAUUAUUCCCGCCUGGUUAUCCGACUUAUAUUUUGUAAAAACACGUGCCUUACCUGUCCUACCGGCUGGUAUAAAUAAGCAACUACACCCGUAA